AUGUCGUCACAAACAUCUCGUGUUACGAGGAGUCGGGCUAAGCAAAUCUCUGCCACAUCGAAGCAAGAGCAAACAGAUCACACUGACACCACUAUCCCGUCAGAAUCGACGGCUGCAUCCGCUGACGCCGGUGAGGUCGAUGCGACCAAACUUAAAGGCAUCGUUUGGCCUGGCAUGGGCAUAUUUGACGCUGCGACGUCUGAGCAGAAGCGGAUGCGGAAUCAGAAGAAGGAUUCAUCUGUGCUUCAGAACAUGAUCACCACAUCGAAGUCUGUCCACCACGAUAAGUUCGUGUGGGACGACGAUUUCGCGGGUGUGCCAAGGAUUCGGGAUAUCUAUGCUAGCCCGUCCACCGAUGGAAGCCCCGAUGCCGAUGAAGAUGAGGACAAGCAGGCGAAGAAGAAGCGUGGCCGCCGCCCAGCCAUGGUAGAAGACGGCGAUAGCAUUCGUCAAACUAGGUCCACUACUAAAGCGGCAACGCAAGGCCGACGUGGCCCGAAACCCAAGAUGCCCCUUAAGAAAGUCAAGGAUGAAUCUGAUUCAGAUGCUGAAGAGAUGAACGAUGGCUUAAGCGAUGAUGUCUUCCACGACAACCGUACAAGACGAUCUGGUAAGCCUAUCACCAUUCACCACCAAUGA